AACAGCUUCAGAAGCCAAGAGAGAGCCAAUCAACGCACUUUACAAUCCUUCUUUCAGACGCUCGACAGAAAGGAGCACAGAAGCUCAAACAAUGAAAAGCGCUCACUCCUUGGCUGGACUCUUGCUCCUCAUCAUCAUCCAAAGCAGCUGGCAGGUGCCUGACCAGGAUACAGAUCGAAACUCCAUGCUAUUGCCUGACAACUCUAUGCUGACCGAACCUAUUGAGCUCCCAAACAUGAAGAGACAUUCAGAGGGAACGUUUUCCAACGACUACAGUAAAUACCUGGAGACAAGAAGAGCACAAGACUUUGUCCAGUGGCUAAAGAACUCAAAAAGGAACGGGAGUCUAUUUAGACGCCAUGCAGACGGCACCUACACCAGCGAUGUGAGCUCCUACCUGCAGGACCAGGCAGCCAAAGAGUUUGUGUCCUGGCUGAAGACUGGCCGAGGCAGAAGAGAGUAAACUCAACCAGAGCGCCCCAACAGCUCCCUGAAUAAUGCAACAAUUCACACUGACUCUGUGCUAUUAUAUGUUUCAUAAUCUGUACUAGGCUUUUUCUUGGUCAUGCUAUUAAAUUCCCCUCAUCAGAAGCUAAUUUUGCCUUCAGUGGUUGAAGGAAAUGUUGUCAAAAUGCAGAAAAGUUAGUAUGUUUGAAAUGUGUCCCAAUCAUAAAUGCUUUGUGAAAUUUU